AUGGGGUAUUGCAGUCUAAGAGGUUUGCUUGAUUUCCCUCUGCUAUCUGUUUUGUGCUUAGGUGACUGCCAGCUGCAAACACCUUGUCGAAUCCAGAAGUGCACCACCGAUUUUGUAUCCUUAACUUCACAUCUAAACUCUGCUCUUGAGAGUUUUGAUUUGGAGUUCUGUAAGGCCCUGCGAGCGUACUCUGCCUGUACCUAUCGCAAUUCCAAAGUAUGCCGUGGAAACCUAGUCUACCAUUCUGCAGUGCUUGGGAUCAGCGACCUCAUGAGCCAGAGAAACUGUUCCAAAGAUGGACCCACAUCCUCCACCAGCCCUGAAAUGACGCGUGAUCCCUGCACUUACAGUGGCUACACAGAAGCCAGAGAACAUCAGGGAGGUGAGAAGACUUCUCCUCCUACUUACCUAUUUUGUGGCUUGUUUGGUGAUCCUCAUCUGAGGACUUUUAAGGAUCACUUCCAGACAUGCAAAGUGGAAGGUGCUUGGCCCCUCAUAGACAAUAACUUCUUAUCAGUGCAAGUGACCAACGUGCCUGUGGUCCCAGGAUCCAGUGCUACUGCUACAAAUAAGAUAACUGUUAUCUUUAAAUCCUACCAAGACUGUACAGACCAGAAAGUAUAUCAAGCAGUGACUGAUGACUUGCCGGCAGCUUUUGUUGAUGGUACAACAAGUGGAGGUGAUGAGAAUACCAAGAGCUUGCGAAUUUUGGAGAAAGUCAGUGGCGAAUACGUUGAAAUGCACGCCAGGUACAUUGGGACCACAGUGUAUAUACGCCAGCUUGGGCACUACUUAACGUUGUCCAUUCGCAUGCCUCAAGAGUUGGUCAUGGCCUACAAGGAGAGCCAGGAUCUGCAGCUGUGUGUGAACGGUUGCCCUUUAAGUGAACGUAUUGAUGAUAGUGGCCGCUUACCAUUGCCUGUGAUGGGGCAGUUGCUCCCUCAGGGUGGUGCUGCUCAUGCCCGGCCAGUGUACACACUGGAUACUGCCACCACCAAAUGCCACGAGAAGAUGCUGGUGAAGGACAUCUAUUUUUACUCAUGUGUAUUUGACCUACUCACCACUGGUGACACUAACUUCACAGCUGCUGCUCACAGUGCCUUGCAGGAUGUGGAGGCACUGCACCCCAGGAAAGAGCACUGGCAUAUCUUUCCAAGCAGUGGAGGUGGUGGUGUGGGCAAGGGUAGCAAAUUCUUUCUUGGUCUUGGACUUGUGUGCUUGAUCUUUGUUGCAUUUCUGUAGGUUUUUUGUCUAUUAACAAAGCUUUGAAAUAUAUAUUGUCAUAAUAUAUUGAGUAAAGGUGAGUAUAUAUGUUUAUACCAUGUAUAUGAAGGGAUGUUUUGUCUUGGGACACCCACCAGAUUGUACAUACUGUGUUAACUGUUUUCAUGUAUGUUUGAUGUAAUAUUCUUUGUAUCUAUUUGUUUUGCAGUUUAUAAUGUCCCUGCAUUGGGACCUGAUAGAAAGCAUUUUAUUUUUUUAUAUAUUAAAUAUUUAUGUGUGUAUGUGAGUAACUAUGAAUUGUACAGAUAAACAUGUACAUACAAUGCUCAGCGUUCCCUG